AAUAUAUUGAUGAAUAGUGUAGAAUAAGAGUUAGAUAUAUACAAUCAAACCAAUUAAUUGCAAAAUCAAACUAUUUGAUUGCAAAAGUAAAGCAAACACUUUAAAAAAGAUUUACAGUUUUUAUUUUUACUUUUUUUUCCGAUAUUGCUCCCCCACUCUGCACCCCACCUUAUUCCGACAAUAAGCAACAAAUAACCACAAUUCUCCUCCUCCUCUCUAGACCUUCCAUCGUCAAUUAUAUAAAUAGUAGUUAGAAAAUCUCCCUACCAUCAAUUUCAUUGGUUAUCUGAUUUCUUAUCAUUUUUCAGUUUACCUUUAUUCAAUUCAAUUCCAAUCCAUUGCUUAAUUAUGCCUUCAUUAGCUACUGACGUUGUUUUCAAAUUAAACAAUGGAAAGACCAUUCCAGCAUUAGGUCUUGGUACUGUGUCUGCCACUGACCCAAGAGAUGUUAAAGAUCAAGUUAUUACUGCCGUUAAAGCAGGUUAUCGUCAUAUUGAUACUGCUUGGUAUUAUGGUACUGAAAAAUAUAUUGGUGAAGCCUUGAAAGAAUUAUUUGAUGAAGGGAUUGUUAAAAGAGAAGAAUUAUUCAUUACUACUAAAGUAUGGCCAUCAUUUUGGCAUAGUCCUGAAAAAUCAGUUGAUCAAUCCUUACAAGAUUUAGGAUUGGAUUAUGUUGAUUUAGUAUUACAACAUUGGCCAGUGGCUUUACAUGGUGAUGAAAAUGGUCAACCACCGGCUCCAAAGGAUAAAGAUGGAAAUUUAAUUUAUGAUGAUGAUCCAGCUACAGGAACUAAAUUCAUUGAAACUUAUAAUAAACUUGAAGAUCUUGUGGAACAUACUACUAAAGUUAAAUCCAUUGGAAUUUCAAAUUAUUCUAUUCCAAAAUAUAGAACUCUAUUACCUCAUAUUAAAAAACAUAAACCAGUAGUUAACCAAAUUGAAUAUCAUCCUCAAUUACCUCAACAAGAAUUAGUGGAAUAUUUCCAAAAUCAAGGUAUUCUAAUUGCAGCUUAUUCUCCAGUCGGAAGUGAUGGAGCACCUGUGGUAAAACUUCCUUUAAUUCAAAAAUUAGCUGAAAAAUAUGGUGUAUCAACUAAUGAAAUUGCCGAUGCUUAUCAUAUUUUACAAGGUAGAAUUGUAUUACCUAGAUCAUCAAAUUUACAAAGAAUUAAAAGUAUUAUAGGUUUACCUCAAUUAACUAAAGAAGAAUUAGAUGAACUUUAUCAAAUUGGUGCUCAAAAUCCAAAAAGAUAUAUUACUGAUGAAUGGGGUUAUGGAAUUGGAUUUAAAUGGUGGACUGGUGAUACUCUUAGUAAAGUAUUUGAUUAAAUUAUAUAUAUUGUUCUAUUAUAACCCCUCAAUAACAUUAAACUAGUUUAGUUUCUAUUUUAUAUAUACAAGGGAAAUAUAU